ACCGGGUAAACUGAUCUAACUGGACGAUUUGAUACACAUGUUUUAAAUUGACUUUAUUUACUUUUUGUUCUCUUUCAAAAUUUCAAGCUCCAACGGCUGAGAACGAGUUUCCACAAUCAUAUUCUUGAAUCCUAGAUCAUAGACAACAGAGAAAGGCAGGCAUCAUCCCCUAUACUAAUGGCACGCGCGGACCUGGGGACUUCUACCCUUGACAUGGAAGUUCUUUCGAUGGAUGUGGAUACCUUACAUUCCGAUGUCGAGGAAAGCCUAUAUCGCCUGCGCGUAGGCAGUCAAGUGAAAUAUAUCACCAUCGAACCGGGAACAUUUCCUAGUGAUGUAUUGUCCUUCCCUAUGGACCUACUCCCCCUCCUGCCAAAUAUGCCACCAGGAAAUUGGGUUGAAGCGCGUGUGGCGCGGGACUCUAAUGAAAAUCCCACUGUGCAGCCCACGAACGCCACACUACCAGAAGUGCGCGAGCAGUGGCAUCCCAAUAAAGUGGAUGCCCUUUCGCUACCCUUCGUGAAAUUUAUGACCCCACGCGUUCGGGUGGUCCAGUACGCUUCGAGGCCGGUGGUCUCCAAGAUUGCCAGGUUUGAUUUUGAGAUCCCACGGAUGGAAAGAGAAACUGCAGCGUAUAGAGCGAUCGACGGGUAUGGCGUGAGCCCAGCAUUCCUUGGGCACAUCGUCGAGGGCGACAGGGUGAUAGGGUUCUUAGUGGAACAAUUGCACGGACGACCGGCUGGUCCAGAAGACUUACAAGGAUGUCGUGAUGUGUUGCAGCGCCUGCAUGCGCUAGACAUCAUUCAUGGGGAUCCGAACAAGCACAACUUCAUCGUGGCGUCGGACGGGACUGUCACGUUGAUCGACUUCGAGAACGCGAUGUUUUGCAAGAGUACUGAGCAGAAGAACGAGGAGCUCGCUACUUUGCCUGCGCAACUGAGUGAGAUGACGGGUCGAGGAGGCGUGGUUAUGAGAAAAUUAGUUUACUGAGAGUCAUGUACUGUUCACUCACAUAGUGGAAAG